AUGGCCGCGUCAAACAAAUCGUCCCGGAGAAAGACCUCCAACUCCUCAGCUGGUCGCAAAAAGCGUCGCUCAAAGCCGCGCCCCUGGCCCCCGGUUUCAGACGACCCGCUCGAAAAGAUCUGUUUCAAAAAAGAGCCCAUCCCAGAGGGAUAUGUCUUCGUACCCAAAGGAGACGUCUACAUUACUCGGAAUUGCCGGGUUAAGACCAAAGAGUCUAAGCAAACGGUCUACGCAGUCUAUGACAAAUCCAGCAAAUGGUCGCUGGGUCUCCGCGUGCCGUCCGACAUUUAUGAAACGGUCUCUCAAUCAGCGACCGAGACGGCGGAUUCUCGCGCCAAUGCUGUCAAGGUUCGCGACGAGCGGGAUCAAGCGCACUCGCGCCAGCUCCUUCGCACCCAAUUCCCGCUCAUGCCUGAAGAUUCCCUGGAGAAGAUUCUCGAUCAUGCGUUCCUCAAGGGCUCCGGCCGUGUGGGACGAACGGCGAUGAAAACAGAUGCGAAGAAGGCCAAUCUCGCCGUUGAGGCAUACAUUCGACACAAUCUCACUCCCUACGAUGCCCUUCUCAACGACGGAGAGGGGCGUACUGAGGCCAGAAAGGCCGUGUGGGACACGGUACGAGCUAUCAAGGCUACGUGGGAGAGGAAAUCCGUUGAGUCAGUGGAUGUGGUGGACCUUCGGAGCCCGACACCGCCUGAUUUGGAUAUGCAAUCAUCUGAUGAGGACUGCCUAAUGUCCUAG